CUCAGAUAUGUAGUCUGCCAGCCCGUGUGCUCUCUGUAACCCGCAGUACAGCUUUCAAAUCCGACGAUGGCACCGAUGAUGAUCACCUUUCUUCUCUUGCUUGUGAUUCCCUCGGGAUCGGUCGUGGCGGCGGCGGACGACGGCGAUGACAUGUCGAAUAACCUGUUCUCUGAUUUGGCGCCGCUACUGACGCUCUUCGGCGAGCAGUUUGCAAAGCAAUACUUGAGCCAGUCGAUGAAUUGGCUUGACAAUGUCAUAUUCGCGAUGGCACCCUUAGGAAUCAUUACGGCUAUCGUUGGCGCAAUCCGGGUCGGCGGCCCCUCGUGGUUGAAAGCACUGAUCGGAAGGGCUCGCGAGAACCGCGCAACCGUCGAGGUGGAAUUGAUGUCCUCAACCUCACACGAGGUGUGCGAGCUCUGGAACGGGCAAGGCAUUAUCAGGACGAUGGGAAGACCGGAGAUUAAGCAGAUAAUAUAUCUCAAAUCCGCGGACGGCACCGACACGGGGGAGACAUUCGGGCUACAUACUGUGGAGAGUGCGAUGCAAGCCGGUCAUCUCGAAGCCAGAGCACCGGAUCUCAACAACGUACGACUGGCUUCCAAUAUAGGAGGCCCCCAGGCAGCCCCAAGCAUUUCGCUGAACCUCCACGGCGGCAAUAAGGUCAGCGAACUGUAUGCUGCGGCGAUUUGCGGUCUAGUUCUCCAAGUCGGCGUGCUAUUCUAUUGUGGAGCUCUAGUCUACCUUCCGGCCCUUCUCGAGAAACUACCAAAGGACGGCGUUGGAUCAUGGCCAUUUCCGGUUCUGGCCACCGGGACCAUCGCUCUCUUUAUCGGCAUGUUCCUCUGCUCGGGCAUUGUGGAGAAAAGCACCAAGGAGACGGCAUUCAUGCUAAAGCACCAUGAUGAUACUCCGCAGCCCGAAACCGUCCGCAUACUAUGGUUGCAGACAUCGCACAUAGUCAGUGACCAGACGUUUGACUCAUUCGUCAUUUUCGGGAAGCACGAGUCUGACCGCAUUCUAACGUCCCGAAGGGACAAUGACCUCGAUCCACAGUGGAUCGCCUCUUUCGAAAAUGUGACCGUCUUUGGAACAUCUUUUGGACUGGCCGGUUUUGUUCUUCAGUUUCAGGGUCUCCGCGGUAUGAACUGGUCGGCUUCGAUCGCUCAGCUUAUAGCCGUUUCUCUCAUGACGGUCUGGCGUGCGUGGCUCCGUCGGUAUCUCACCGAGACUCCGAUCCCCAGGCAGGUUCCUGCCCAGCAUGAAAUGGAUUGGCUAGCAUUGUGGAUGGCAAAGAAACUUGGAGACGACGAAAGUGGAGGCAUCCAUUGGCCGGCGGACGACGAAGUACUUGGAUGAGAAGCCGAGG